AUGGCGGCGGCGGUCGUGGCCGAGCAGCCCGUGAUCAUGCCGGAGGCACCCGCGGCCGCGAAGUUGUUGGAGAGGUUGGACGAGGUGGCAGCGCAGGGGGGCGGCGUGGCAGAGCCCGCGGGCGCGCAGCCGAAGCAGAGCCCAGCGGGCCACGGGCAGGAGACCGCUGGCGCCAAGUGCCCGCAGUGCCCGGCGGGCCACGGGCUCGUCUGCACCGUGGGGGACGCCGGCAGCUGCGACGCGUGCGGCGGCAUUGUGCGCCAGGGGCAGCUGGUCUUCGAGUGCAGGGCCUGCAACUACUACGUCUGCCAGACCUGCCAGCCCAUCGAGCAGUGCAAGAAGGGCCACGAUUUGCAGACCGCCACGGCCGUCGCGGGGAAAUGCGACGGCUGCAGCAGGACCCUGAAGACUGGCGAGGUGGUCAUGGACUGCCGGGAGUGUAAUUACUACUUGUGUCGAGUGUGCCACCCAGUGACCAAGUGCCCCACGGGCCACACGCUGGGGAAGUGGGCUUCACAGGCUCCCGGCAUCUGCGACUCCUGCUCCAAGGCCGUGCCGAAGGGCAGCAUGGUCAUGGACUGCAGGCGCUGCAACUGGUUCGUCUGCGAAGCCUGCCACCCGACGAGCAAGGUCUCCGCGCAGUUCCGCGUGCCGGAGGUGGCGGGGGUGCUCCCGCGGUGCAGCGCGGGCCACACGAUGCAGCCUUUGGGCGCCAAGGCCGGCAGCUGCAACGGCUGCGGCAAGCUGGUCAAGGAGAAGGAGCUGGUCAUGAGCUGCGCGGCCUGCAACUGGUACCUCUGCGGGACGUGCAGCCCUGUCGUGCACUGCCCCGAGGGGCACGACCUCGAGGCCGAGAUGGCGAUGGCGGGCAGGUGCGACGGCUGCGCGAGGAAGGUCCAGGAGAACGAGAGCGUGAUGCAGUGCCGCAAGUGCAACUGGUACAUCUGCAGCACGUGCCACAUCCGGCACUGA